CCCGAUGGUAGUUGGUGGUGCCGCUUAGUGGUUAGGACAAAUUCUUUUUAGUAUAAAACAGGCGAAAUGUUCUUGGUAGAUCAUAGUGUGAUCAGUUCUAUCGCAAAGACAACACCAAAAGGAACCAUCCCAAGAAAAUGGCAUUCAAGUUUGUUACUUUCCUCGCCCUGGUGGCCGUUGCCCGUGCCGGAGUGCUUGCCCCGGUUGCUUAUUCUGCACCUUUGGCCUAUGCUGCCCCAGUUACCAAGGUGCUUGCUGCCGCUCCAGUUCUGCAGAAGACCAUCGUUGCCGAUGAAUACGACCCCAAUCCACAGUACGCAUUCUCGUAUGGAGUUUCCGAUUCUCUGACCGGUGACCAGAAGUCCCAGCAGGAAUCCCGCAGCGGAGACGUCGUCCAGGGAUCGUACUCGUUGGUCGAUGCUGAUGGACUCAAGCGUACCGUCGACUACACUGCUGAUCCGAUCAAUGGAUUCAAUGCUGCUGUCCGUCGUGAACCACUUGCCAUCAAGACGCUUGCCGCCCCAAUCAUCGCUGCCCAGCCUGCCUAUGCUGCCUACGCUGCCCCAGCUUUGACCAAAACCAUCAUUUCCCAACCAGCAUUGGCAGCUUAUUCCGCUCCUCUGGCCACCAAGACGAUCCUGUCGCAGCCAGCUUACUCCGGGUACGCUUCAUCCAUCUACUAACGCUAAGUGAUGUGACUGAUUGAUCUCUACUAGUCUGCAUGCUAAUGGGAUAUGUUAUUUACCUAAUUUAUUCGACAAUAAAUAUUACAUUGAAUAGAUGAGAAUUCAUCCAAAAAUGA